AUGGAGGAACCCAAUCCUGAGCAGCCUGAGAAGGUGGGCGUCCACUACCGGGUGAUCAGCCAUGAACUGAGAGUUUUCCGGCCUAGUUUACGGCCGCCAUUGCCGUAUUUCCUGGGGCGCCCGUGUCUGGGCGGUUUGUACGUGCUGGUUGUGGCCGCGGCGCUUCAAUGUAGAGGCAUAGAGUUGGUGGGGAGGGAUGUACCGCGCUCCCGGUGGAAGCAGAGGAGCCGAGCGGGAACCAUGGCCAGUACAGUGGUAGCAGCUGGACUGACCAUUGCUGCUGCAGGAUUUGCAGGCCAUUACGCUUUGCAAGCCAUGAAGCAUAUGGAGCCACAAGUAAAACAAGUUUUUCAAAGUCUACCAAAAUCUGCCUUCAGUGGUGGCUAUUACAGAGGUGGGUUUGAACCCAAAAUGACAAAACGGGAAGCAGCAUUAAUACUAGGUGUAAGCCCUACUGCCAAUAAGGGAAAAAUAAGAGAUGCUCAUCGACGAAUUAUGCUUUUAAAUCACCCAGACAAGGGAGGAUCUCCUUAUAUAGCAGCCAAAAUCAAUGAAGCUAAAGAUUUACUAGAAGGUCAAGCUAAAAAAUGAAGUAAAUGUAUGAUGAAUUUUAAGUUCCAACUCAUUUAUGUAUGAGUACCAGCUUUUUAUAAUAAAAUGCCUCAAAGCUACACAUUUUAAAAAUUA